AGAGGUUCUGCGGCCCGCGCAGGCGAGGGGCCCCCACACAGAUCCUGCAGGGCCGCCUCGUGGGUGCUGGCGCCCGGCUCACGCCACGACCCGGUCUCAGGCUGUGACGGCCCCGAGAGCCGGCUCUGACAGGAUCUACCUCGUCCGCCAUGAGAGGCUGCCGGGCCGUGCCCAGCACCCCCGAGGGCAGCCCGGACAGCGUGGACCUGUGUCUGACGGGCCUGCCCCCGCCCGUGUCCCGGCGCCCCUGCAGCGCCUCCACCUGCAGGCCGCUCGUCCGCUCCGUGUCUGUGGUCCCGGGUGGCGGGCCGAGGGGCAGAGCGCUGGAGGCGGCAGGCCCCAGGGGCUCCCGAGCCAUCAACAACCUGCGGAGGUCCAACAGCGCCACACAGGUCGGCCCGGCGCGGCCCGGCUCCCCCAGGCUGGUGGCGCCCGCCGACUUCCUGACGCUCCUCGAGGCCGGCCCCGGUGGGGAAAGGAGACCAAGUGUGGAAAAGGGAGCCACGUGGAACGUCCUGGAUGACCAGCCCCGGGGCCUCAGCUUGCCGCCCGGUGCCCAGGGCGCCAGCACCCGUGACUCGCCGCUGGACCUGCGGAGCAGGGACUGUGCCGGGGCCCUGGCGUCCGGCUUCACCGCCAACAACAGGAGCAGCAAGGCAGCCGUGGGCAACUGCGUCACCGCCAUGCUGCACAACCAGCACACGCCCUCGGGGAGGGCGCCCGCCCCCAAGAGCUCCAACCACACGGCUCCCUCGCUCAACAACGUCAUCAAGGCAGCCACCAGAGAGGGCAGCGCGGGCAGCAGCUUCCGGAAGCCUCCGAAGAAUCUCUCCAGUGGCAGCCAUGUGGCUGGGGACACGGCUGGGGCGGCCGGGGGCCUGCGGAGGGCGGAGGUGACCGAGGAGGAGGCCGAGAGGUUUAUCCACCAGGUGAACCAGGCCGCCGUCACCAUCCAGCGCUGGUACCGUCGGCAGGUGCAGCGGCGCCGAGCAGGAGCUGCAAGCCUGGAGCACCUGCUGGCAUCCAAGCGAGAGGAGCAGCGGCAGCGGCCGGGCCACGGGAGCCUCCUGGACCUGCACCGGCAGGAGGAGGCGGCGCGGAGGAAGGCCCGUGAGGAGAAGGCGCGCCAGGCCAGGCGUGCGGCCAUUCAGGAGCUGCAGCAGAAGCGAGCCCAGAAGUCGGAGGCCCGGAAGGUUGGAGCAUCGGGGGAUGCCCAGCCUGCCCGGGAGGCGCCCCCUACCCCGGGAGACGCCGCCCCCCAGGCCCUCAAGGCCAACAACGCCGGUGCCAACAUCCGCUCUGCAGCCCCCGCGGCUCCCUGCCCGCCCGCCUCCAGCCGCUCCUCAGAGCCCCCGCGGUCCCCGGAGGUCCAGCCGCAGGACGGCCGUGGCUGCGGAGUAGCCAGUGAGGCCCCGGAGGUGCUGGGCCUGACCGGGGGCGAGGCCAAGCCCAGGGCGACCCUGGCCGAGCUGCUGGACACACUGAGGCUGCUGGAGGAGGAGCCCGAGCCGCUGCCCCGCCCCAGGGCCUACCACAAGGACAGAUACACGUGGACCGACGAGGAGGACGAUGCCAGCUCUCUGACAGCCGACAACCUGGAGAAAUUUGGGCAGCUCGGCGCGGCGCCCGAACCCCCCGCGGAUGGGGCGCUGCUCUCGGAGGCCAAGCUGCAGGACAUCGUGAGCUUCCUGGACGAGAUGGAGAAGUCGGAGCAGGAAGCGGGAGCGGCCGGCACCCCAGGGGCAGUGGGCUGCCCGCCUGAGGCCCGGCCGUGUCCACAGGGGCCGCCGGAGCUGUCGCCGGCGGUGAGCACAUCGCUGAUGCGGCUGAGGCUGGAGGUGGAGGAGAAGAAGCAGGCGAUGGGGCUGCUGCGGAGAGCGCUGGCGCAGCAGCGCGACCUCACCCUCCGGAGGGUCAGGGAGACGGAGAAGGAGCUGGGCCGGCAGCUGCGGCAGCAGAAGGAGCACUACGAGGCCGCGGCGCAGCGGCACCUGUCCUUCAUUGACCAGCUGAUUGAAGACAAGAAGGUCCUGAGUGAGAAGUGCGCAGCGGUGGUGGCCGAGCUGAGGCUCGGGGACCAGAGGAGCCGGGAGCAGGUGGCCCAGAUGCAGGAGCAGCACGCUCUGGAGAUUAAGAAACUCAAGGAACUGAUGAGCGCCACUGAGAAGGUGCGCAGGGAGAAGUGGAUCAGCGAGAAGACCAAGAAGAUCAAGGAGAUCACCGUCAGAGGCCUGGAGCCCGAGGUCCAGAAGCUGAUCGCCAGGCACAAGCAGGAGCUGCGGCGGCUCCGGAGCCUGCACGAGGCGGAGCUGCAGCGGGCGGAGGAGCGGGCGGCACAGCGCUGCCUGCGCCAGGCCGGGGAGCUGCGCGAGCGCCUGGAGCAGGAGAAGGCGGAGUUGGGCCAGCGGGAGCGCGAGCGCGCCCAGCAGCGCUUCGAGCAGCACCUGCAGCAGGAGCAGCUGGCCCUGGAGCAGCAGCGGCGGAGGCUGCACAACGAGGUGGCCGAGGAGAAGGAGCGGCUGGGCCAGCAGGCAGCCAGGCAGCGGGCAGAGCUGGAGGAGAGCAGUGCGGCGCUGACCCGAGCCCUGAGGGCCGAGUUCGAGAAGGGCCGGGAGGAGCAGGAGCGGCGGCACCAGGCGGAGCUGGCGGCCCUGAAGGAGCAGCUGGAGGCCGAGCGCCAGGCCUGGGCGGCCAGCUGCACCAAGAAGCAGGAGGCCUGGCUGCUCAAGCGGGAGCGGGAGCUGCAGGAGGAGAUGCGGCAGCACCGGGACCAGGAAAUCGAGGCGGUGAUCCGGCGGCUGGAGGCAGACAUGACGCUGGCCAGGGAGGAGGCCGAGAGGGCGACCGAGAGCCGCGUCAAGCGCAUCAGAGACAAGUACGAGACGGAGCUGCUGGAGCUGGAGCGGUCGGAGCGGCAGCUGCAGGAGCGCUGCUCGGAGCUGAAGGGGCGCCUGGGGGAGGCCGAGGGGCAGCGCCAGCGCCUGGAGGCCCUGGUGCGGCAGCGGGAGGAGGAGCUGGAGCAGGAGCGCAUGGUGAACAAGCGGCUCACGGCCGAGCGCGGCAGCCUGGCGCAGGUGGUCCGCCAAGAGUUCGCGGACCAGCUGGCGGCCUCCGAGGAGGACAGCCGGCAGGUCAAGGCCGAGCUGGCGGCACUGCAGGCCCGGCAGCGGCUGGAGCUGGACGAGGUGCACCAGAGGGUGAAGACGGCCUUGGCGAAGAAGGAGGAGGCGGUGAGCAGCCUGCGGAGGCAGCACGAGGCGGCCCUGAGGCGGGCGGACCACCUGGAGGAGCUGCUGGAGCAGCAGCGGCAGCCGCGGCCGAGCAGUUCCUGACGUCACGCCUGGCACCCGCGCCGGCCGCACCCCUCCCCCUCCCCCCCGGGCCUCGCAGUAAAAGACCCUUGCUUCCAGCGCCCGCGUCCUGGUCUGUCCCGCCUGGGGGCAGCACUGGAGGCGCGGCCAGGCCCUGGCUCUCUCAGGCCCCACCAGGAAAUGGCCAGGCACGGCCCCACCGCACACCCACGUUCCCUCCGACUUCAGCCCCCAGGUGUGGCCUGGCAGGGGCCCCCAUGGCUGGACACGGGGUGCAGGCAUCUCCCCCACUCCCCAGAGAGGAGUGAUGGCCUGGGGUCUCCGGAGAGGACUGGGGUCCCCAGCCAGGGAGGCUGAGGGCAGGAGGACGCACGCCCCUCAGGGUCUCCCCUGCCUCUCUCUGUGGCUGCCCUGCCCCGAGGUGCCCACCGCCCAGCCCGCCAGGCGCUCAGCCCCCGCACUCGGCGCCAGCCAAACCCCGGGGGAGGAAAGGCCCUGGCAGGCCGUCUGCACUGGCCAGGAGGCAAAGGCUGCAGACCACCUGGUGGGCAGGGAGCCACCAGGCUGGCACGCCCAGUGUUGGUG